AUGACGCCCUCUGCCAUCGAGUUCGCUUCCCCUUCACCUCUGCCAGGAACCGCCGCGUAUAGUGCUCUUGGUACUCGCCGAAACUUGUGCAUCUCGGGUGCCCUCGAAUCUCCUCACCUGAAAUCGUGGUUUUUGGUGCUCUCCUCGUCGGCGCGCACGACCUUCUCGUGGCCAAAAAAUUGGUGGCUCUCCUUCUUGCCGAGGAAGAUGACAGAAUUUUGGGAUCUUUCUGAGGAAUUCUUCCCAGAGAGAGAGAGAGAGAAGAGGGGUUUGAGAUCUGGCAUCCGAAUCUCCGAUCACCUCCACCACCGCCAACCACCACUCCCGCCGCUGUCAUCUCCACCUACAACCUCUUGGAACGGCCUCGAAUUGCUCAUCCGAACCUCAACCAUGUCCAUCAACAUGAAAACCUUGUCGCAGGCCUUCGCUAAAGCGUCGGCCGUCAUCGAGAAGACCGUGCAGAACACGGUGCAAGAAGUGACAGGUCUACCUAGGCCGAUGCAGGACUACGACAUAAACGAUCAGAUCGGCACCGCCGGCCCUGGCUUGGCCUGGAAAUUGUACUCAGCCAAGUCCCGCGACGGCCACCUGCCGGCCGCCUAUCCGACGGUCUGUGUUUGGGUGUUGGAUAAGAAAGCGCUGACGGAGGCGCGGCAGCGAGCGGGGCUGUCCAAAGCAGCUGAGGAUGCGUUCCUGGAUGUGAUUCGAGCUGAUGCGGCCCGGCUAGUGAGGCUGAGGCACCCCGGCGUGGUUCACGUGGUCCAGGCGCUCGAUGAAAGCAAGAAUGCCAUGGCUAUGGUCACUGAGCCGCUAUUUGCAUCAGCCGCAAAUGCGCUGGGGAAUGUGGAGAACAUUCCUAAGGUGCCUAAGGAGCUUAAGGGGAUGGAAAUGGGAUUGUUGGAGGUGAAGCAUGGCCUGCUCCAAAUUGCAGAGACAUUGGACUUCCUUCAUAAUAAUGCCCGCCUCAUCCAUAGAGCUUUAUCGCCUGAGACUGUGCUCAUUACUGCAAAUGGAGCUUGGAAGCUUGGUGGUUUUGGUUUUGCAAUUUCAACAGACCAGGCCAAUGAUUCUGCUAGCAUGCAGGCAUUCCAUUAUGCUGAAUACGAUGUAGAAGAUUCAAUCCUGCCCUUGCAGCCUUCUAUAAACUACACUGCUCCUGAAUUGGUUAGGAGUAAGACAUCUUCAGUUGGGUCUGCCUCUGAUAUUUUCAGCUUUGGGUGCCUUGCGUACCACUUGAUAGCUCGGAAGCCCUUAUUUGAUUGCCACAACAAUGUGAAAAUGUACACGAACAGUCUGACUUACCUAACCAGUGAAGCCUUCUCUGCUAUUCCGAGGGAUCUGGUUCAAGAUUUACAAAGAAUGUUAUCGACGAAUGAGACUUCAAGACCAUCAGCAACGGAUUUUACAGGUUCACCUUUCUUCCGCCAGGAUACUAGGUUGCGAGCACUUCGCUUUCUUGAUCACAUGCUUGAGAGAGAUAACAUGCAAAAAUCUGAGUUUCUGAAAGCACUUGCGGACAUGUGGAAAGAUUUCGACUCCCGUGUAUUGCGAUAUAAGGUUCUCCCCCCACUUUGUGCAGAGCUCCGAAAUAUUGUAAUGCAACCUAUGAUUCUGCCUAUGGUCCUCACUAUAGCUGAGUCGCAGGAUAAAAAUGAUUUUGAGCUAUCAACUCUACCAGCCCUUGUGCCUGUCUUCAAUUCAGCUGCAGGUGAGACAUUAUUGCUACUUGUGAAGCACGCAGAGCUUAUUAUAAACAAGGCUAGUCAAGAACACCUUGUUUUGCAUGUACUGCCCAUGCUUGUUCGAGCUUAUGAUGAUGCUGAUGCGCGCUUGCAAGAGGAAGUUCUCAAAAAAACCACACCGCUGGCAAAACAACUUGAUGUCCAGCUAGUCAAGCAAACUAUUUUGCCUCGAGUUCACGGCUUGGCACUUAAAACAACAGUUGCUGCAGUGAGAGUGAAUGCUCUCUUAUGCUUCAGUGACAUGGUUCACAUACUAGAUAAGACUGCCGUUUUAGAUGUCUUGCAAACUAUCCAAAGAUGUACCGCUGUAGACCAUUCAGCUCCAACUCUUAUGUGUACCCUUGGAGUUGCAAACUCAAUCUUGAAGCAGUACGGCAUUGAAUUUGUAGCGGAACAUGUCCUUCCACUAAUCACACCCCUCCUCAUCACCCAACAAUUAAAUGUCCAGCAGUUCGCAAAAUAUAUGGCUUUUGUCAAGGACGUGUUAAGAAAAAUAGAGGAAAAACGAGGCGUAACCUUGACGGACACUGGAUUCCCGGAAGCAAGACCAUCGCAUUCGGUUGACAAUCUUACAUCCUCCGGGCAGAUAAACAAAAAUGUCUCCACUGCCCCAUCUAUUACCAGGCGCGGUUCAUCAUGGGAUGAAGAUUGGGUACCUGCAAGGACAGCCCAUACAUCCAUCCAACCUAUGACCGCCACAUCAGCUUCUCAGCCCACAGUACAAAGUCAACCCGCUCAAGUCAACCCCUCUGGAUAUUCCACUCCCCUGCCCUCGUCUUGCCCGGCUGUUGAUGUGGAGUGGCCACCUCGAUCGUCGAGUGCCUCUACUCAAUUUGAAAAUCUGAACGCGAACAACAAGGACACGCCUGAUUCAAGCCUGGACGAUAUAGAUCCUUUCGCCAACUGGCCACCGAGGCCGAGUGGACCACCGAGUGUUUCCAACAAUGGUACAACAGCAUUAUCGAUCAACAAUUUUGGAACCAGCAUUAAUAGCACAAAUACCUCAAACGGUUUGGGCCAUCAAUCUGCAUCGUGGGCCUUUCACAAGACUCAAGGAAUUGGUUCUUCCUCGAGUGUCGGUAGUAAUAAUAUGGGCUCACAGAACUCUCUCGGGUAUAUGAAGCAAAGUAUCGGGUUUCCAUCUUCCAAUGAGAAGGUGGCGAGUUUGGAGUCGAUAUUUGCUUCUAACAAGAACGAGAGUAAUAUCGCGCCAAGGCUUGCCCCACCACCGGCGACUGCUGUUGGUAGAGUCGGGGGGCGGGGGAGGGGAAAUCGAGGGCAAAUGGGGCCCACUUCAGGAUCUCAAAAUGAGAAGCCACCUCUGUUGGACUUACUGUGA